AUGGCAGCGUACACUUUACCAGAGGGAUUCACUGAAUUUGAUAUGUUUACAUUCGGCACAGCUCUUCUCGUUGGGGGCUUGCUUGGAUUCUUCCUCAACGCCAUCACAAUAUUGGCAUUCCUCAGAGUGAAGGAGUUGCGGACUCCAAGUAACUUCUUUGUGUUCAAUCUUGCUCUGGCUGACAUCAGUCUGAAUAUAAAUGGCCUUACAGCAGCCUAUGCCAGCUACCUCAGAUAUUGGCCAUUUGGUGAAGAUGGAUGUGCCUACCAUGGUUUUCAGGGAAUGAUAUCUGUCCUAGCCUCCAUCAGUUUCAUGGCUGCCCUUGCCUGGGACAGGUACCACCAGUAUUGUACCAGGCAGAAGCUCUUUUGGAGCACAACUAUUACUAUGAGUAGUAUCAUCUGGAUUCUCUCCAUCUUUUGGGCUGCCGUUCCUCUCACUGGCUGGGGGGUUUAUGACUUUGAACCCAUGAGGACUUGCUGCACUCUGGACUACACCAGGGGAGACAGGGACUACAUAACGUACAUGCUAACACUGGUGCUGCUCUACCUGCUGUUCCCUUCCAUCACAAUGCUGUCAUCCUAUGAUUCAAUCUACAAACACUUCAAGAAGAUCCAUCACCACAAGUUUAACACCAGUUUGCCUUUGAGAGUAAUGCUGAUGUGCUGGGGCCCCUACGUGCUCAUGUGCAUCUACGCCUGCUUUGACAAUGUGAAAGUCAUAUCUCCAAAGCUGAGAAUGGUACUUCCAGUUUUGGCAAAGACAAACCCCCUUUUUAACGCACUCCUCUACUCUUUUGGGAACGAGUUCUACCGAGGAGGGGUGUGGCAUUUCCUUACCGGAGCAAAGAUCGUUGAUCCGGUGGUUAAGAAGACCAAAUAA